AUGGCGUAUGAAAAAUCAGCCGAUAUCUUUGACAUCUCUAGGUCAAUGUUAAUGUACCCAUGGCUGGAAUAUAGAGACAGGACCAAAGAAUUCCAAAAAGCCAUGGCUCCUGUUCAUCUGCCCUUGUCCUGCUACCAGAUGCCAAAGGAAGAGUUUCCCCCAAGUCCAGAGUGCUGGAGACAGCAUCUGGACAAGUCAAACUUGGUCCCUUACUGCUACUUCAAGAAACCUGAGAUCUACACACACUGGCAUACCCUGUAUGACCAGCAAGAGAAGCGGGAGGCCAAGAAGAUGUUGCAGAAAAUGAGAGAUCACCCCAGGUACCUCAAAGAGGAUACCUAUGACCAAAAAUUCCAUCUCCCCAUGAGCAAGCUGACUGUAAAAUUUCAAGUGAGACCCAGGCCCUUAGAGCCUACCAAGGAUCCCCUGAAGUGGCAAAGAUUAAAGGAACUCACAAAAUCCCUGAAAUCUCCUCGCGAGGAGGAGCAGUUCUAUGCAGCACAGGCUCUGGGGUGCCUGGGCAUCAGGGACAAGUUUGUAAUGGAGGCACUAUCGCAGGUGGUCCAAACUGGUCCAGAGAAAGUGAAGUAUGAGGCCUAUCGAACUCUGGCCAUCCUGGGCUGCCUGAAUAAGCAUGUGAUCCGUGCACUCAUCAAACAGUUGAAGGGGAAAAAUGAGGGUCGAAGGAUGGAGACUCUGACGGGGCUACGUGUGGCUCUGAACUCCUGGGCUGCUGUCCCUAAAGAUAAGAGGACUCCAGUCAGGGAUGAAGGGAAGCUGGUGCCUGUGCUGCAGAUGCUGAUAAAGUCGUCAUCAAAUGAAGCAGCUCUGGAGGCAGCCCUGUGCUUGGGCUUCCUGAGGCCCUGCAGCAACAUGGCUCAAGAGUUCUUGCUGCACUGUAUGUGCCAAGGGUCCACGACCCAGCGGAUGAAGGCACUUAGAAUGCUGGUCAAGAUGAUGCAUGUAUACUCAGCUGCAGUCAUCAGGGCUAUCCUGGACCAGCUUUGUUCUUCUAGUAUUCUUGAGGACCGCUUUGAAGCCACCCGGAUGCUCAGGACCAUUGGGUUGGAACAGAUCCAGGCAGAGGGUCUAGAGGAACUUACAUUUGACCUGCUCAGGAGAAAGAUAUAUAAUGAACCCUUCCUUGCUAUGAGGCAGGCUGUGGCUGAAACUGUGGAAGAACUCGAGAUGAAGCCUAUGAUGAUGAACUUGGUAGAGGCGCAACUGAUGAACUCAAAUGCCACUACACGCCAGGAAGCAGUCAUCUCUUUGGGCGUCCUGGGGAUCCGCAGUCCUCAAGUGUACCAUUUGCUCCUGGACAUGCUAGAUGCAGAAAACAAUGAGGCUGUGAAGAAGAGCCUACAAGAAACAUUAGUCCUUUGUGCCUCAAUUGACCCCUGGAUCCAAAACAAGCUGAAGAACAAGGUUUUCUUUAUACAUGAGGUAUCUGAGACCAAUGUGAAGGCAGAGCCUACAAGGUUACGGAAGGAGCCUGAGAACCCCGAAGAGUUAAAUAUACAAGAUUUUCAACUUGCAAAACUGAACCCCUUGUUUAUUACAAAGUCCAGCACCAAGUUGGGCCAAAAGAAAAAGUUACCUGCCUCCCCACCCUGUUUCCCUAAGCCACAAAAACACAUGCCACAGGCCAUAGGGCCCUGGCAGCCAAGGAUCAGGAAACAGCUCCAGACCCUUGCUGAAACCUCCAAAUAG